AAAUUUUGUUCGUAAAAAUAUAGGAAGUUUUAGUUAAAAUAAUACUAAAAAAACAUGACAAAUUUACCUUUAAUUAAGUGUCCUCUCAUCGUACAACCUUCUUCUUCAAUCGGACCCAUCGGCUUUUAGUUUCUCUUGCUUCGCUUCACCAAUAAUGGCCGUCACGGCUCCCCAUCCUCCACCACCAGCCUCAACAGUUCCAUUCCAUUGUAGCUCCCCUUUGUUCACCCGAGUCCGUCUCGCCGUCACUUCCGAUGUCCCUCACAUUCACAAGCUCAUCCACCAAAUGGCCAUCUACCAACGCCUCACUCAUCUCUUCUCCGCCACUGAAUCUUCUCUCUCCCUCAAUCUCUUCUCCUCUCCACCGUUCCGAUCUUUCACCGUUUUCAUCCUCGAAGUAUCCCCUAUACCCUUCUCCGAAAACUCCCCCCAUAACUCUAACCCUAAUUACACCCCCGUCGUUCGAACUCUCGAUUCUGAACUCCCCGUGGAUGAUCCAGAACGGGAAAACUUCAAAGCGGAGGAUGAAAACGUUGUUGUUGCUGGUUUCGUUCUGUUUUUCCCGAAUUUUCCUUCAUUGUUGGGGAAGCCUGGGUUCUUUGUGGAGGCUAUUGCAGUGAGGGAUUGUUAUCGGAGGAAGGAGGACUUGGGGAGAAUAUUGCUGUUGGCAGUAGUGAAUCAGGCCGUGAAAAUGGAUUACUGUCAAGUGGAGUGGGCGGUGCUUGAUUGGGAUGUGAAUGCGAUUAAAUUUUAUGAAGAAAUGGGUGCGCCGAUCUUGGCGGAAUGGAGAAUAUGUAUAAUCAUUUGCGAUGCUCUUAGAGUUCACAAAAAUGCAUAUGAAAGUUAAUUUCCAUUAUAUCUCAUUCUCAUAGUUGACCUACUAAGAAAAAUUAGGGAUAUAUAUAAUGAGUAUUAACGUGUCAAUUGUCACUUUAUUAUUUUCUUGUUGA